AGUAAAAUUAAAAAACGUAAAAAGUCGAUUAUUGAAACCUUUAAAAAAAUCAUCGACUAUUUGAAAAUAGAGAGAGUUUAGUACCGAGACAACACUAUUCAUGGAUGUUUUGUGUACAAAUCGAAACACGAAAAUCAAAAGAUAACCUAAUACAUUCAACCGACAUCAUUGAAUAUACAAUUUAAAAAUAGCGACUACUUUAGCAAGACAUAAAACAAGCUAUUUUCAUAACAAUAUCUAGAAAUGGCGGACGAUACUGAAAAUGUAGCUGUUAUGACCGUAAAAGAACCUUUGGAUCUGAUAAGGCUUAGCUUAGAUGAGAGAAUUUAUGUUAAAAUGCGUAAUGAACGAGAGCUCAGAGGCAAACUGCAUGCCUAUGAUCAACAUCUGAAUAUGGUAUUAGGAGAUGCCGAAGAAACUAUAACAACCGUUGAAAUCGACGAAGAAACAUACGAAGAAGUGUACAGAACUACAAAACGAACUAUUCCUAUGUUAUUUGUAAGAGGAGAUGGUGUCAUACUUGUUUCACCACCAGUACGUGUUAGUAUUUAAACUGAUAUAAUUUAAGUAUAAUAAAACUUUAACUAAUAAACCAUCUUUAUUUGUAACAAAAUUCUUAUCUUCAGUUUUUGAUUCUUAAUCUACAAUUUUCUUUAAUUUUUUAUAUUUAUAAUUACCAAUUAGCACUUAAACCUCAUUUGUUCUUUUUUUAAUGAAAGUUCUAGACAUAAUUGUUCACCAAGUAGAUUGCACACUAUCAGAUAAAAAUAUUUAGUCUAAAUUGAGAACUUCUCGGAAGUUGUUUAUAAACUACAGAAGGGUGUCGGUACACUGAUAUACUGUACAAUAUUAUAUAAAAUUGUUAAAACAUGUUUAGGAUUGCCAAUUAUAAAUUGUUUUGUCAGCUAGCUUGUAUGAUUAUCCAUUAUAGCAUUGCACCAAAUCUACUGGAAGAAUUCUGAUUAGAAUUUGUUUUAAAAAAAUACAAUUAACCUUGGAAAUGAAUGUAUUUAAUUUUGCUAUAGUAAAAACAGUUAGAAGGAAUAUCAAGAGAGGGAGACAGUUGGAUAGUAAUUAAAAUAAAUUUCACAUAUUCAAUAUAAGGUAAGCUAACAAUUAAAAACAAUAUUAAAAUAUGUUGUUUAUUAAAAGAGCUUAGUCAAUUAUGAUGUUUUCCUGUAAUUCCACUUACAAACCUUGGCCUAUUAAUGAAUAUAUGAAGAAAAAAAAACUAUUAUCGAAUAACUAGAUUAGGAGACACCACGACCGAUAUAUAAAUAGCAUAGCUGCCAGGUAUCUUCUGUAAAUUAUGGUCAUGCUGUAUUAUGAGUUCCCAAAUCGAUAUAUGGUCAGCUAGUUGAUCAUCAAUAAUAUACUUUAGUUGGUGUUUCAAUCACAUUCACUCAAUCUAUAUUGCACAUAACAAAUAAUAUCACAAUCUGUGAUUAUGAUUUAAUAUGAGUUAAUACUGGUACAAGUAAAUAUACACAUAUUAUGUAUAAAUGAUUUGCAACUAUGUAUUCAAAAAUUCAGUGAUUC